AUGCAUGGUGAUGUUAUACGCGCUCCUCCUACAGAGUUGCAUAGUAUGGCUGCUUCGUGGCCAUGUUCAAUGUGGGGAAUGGAUGUGAUUGGAGCUAGUGAUUCUCCUGAUUCAAAUGGGCAUCAAUUUAUUCUGGUGGCAAUUGAAUAUUUCACUAAAUGGGUUAAGAUCGCAUCCUAUAAGCAUGUGACUAAGAAAGUGGUGUCAGAUUUUUUGAGAAAUAACAUUAUCUGUCGCUUUGGCGUACCCGAGACAUUGAUCACCGAUAAUACCAAGAACCUCAUAGAUGGGUUAUAUGAACAGUUUAAGAUCAGGCAUCGAAAUUCUGCCAUUUACAGGCCUCAGAUGAAUGGAGUCGUUGAAACCGCAAAUAAGAAUUUGAAAAAGAACAUUCAUAAGAUGACUGAAGCACACUGGGAUUGGCAUGAGAAACUGCCUUAUGCAUUGAUGGCGUACAGAACUACGGUCAGGACUUCUACCGGUGCAACUCCUUACUCUCUUAUGCAUGGAAUGGAAGUAGUAUUGCCUGCAUAA